AUGUUAUUGAAAAGGGAACUGUUUUAUAUUAAAAAAAAUUAUGUCAUGUCCUUUUCUUUUUUCCCACAUUGUAAAAUAAAGAAAAAUGAUAAGGCUUAUGAAAGUGUUUAUAAUUCGAUGUUCUAUUAUAAUAAUAAAAGAUAUAAUACAAAUAUUAACUUAACCAAAAGGGAAAAGAAUGUAUUUGAAGAAGAACUAACAAAAGUAUUCAAAGAAUAUCCAAUUCUUAAAAGAAAUAAUAUAUCAGAAUAUGAAGAAAUAUUAAUAAAAGAAGAUGAUAAAAACAAAAAGUAUAAAAUUGGAGAUAUCAUUUCUUUAGAUGAUCAUUCCUUUGGUGUAGUUUUACAAAUUAAUCAAAAUAAUACAAUCAUAGGAAAAAUUUAUGAAAAAAAUAUAAAAAAUAAACAUAUCAACAAUAAUAUUGUUGAUAUUAAUAUAAAUGAAAAAAAAAAUGUAUACUCUCCAUAUGAAUAUUUAAAAUAUUUAUUCUCAAAACAUAAUAAAUUAAAUAUAUUUCAUCAUGAUAACAAAGAAAUUUAUCAUAAACGAUCCAUUAAAAAACAGUUACACAGUAAUAUCUUCUUAAUCGAUAUCUUCAAUAAAAUAAAAUACGGACAAAAAAUAUGCGUAAUCGGAGAAAAAGAUACACCAAAAAAUGUUAUACUCCUUUCUUUAAUUUAUGAAAAUCUAUUAAUCAACACAAUUUGUAAAAAUGAAAACCUUUUCAUCAUUUGCUCAAAUAUGCAUAAAUCAGAAUUAAAGUUUUUUUUUCAAAAAUUACAUGAACUGUUCAGGCAAAUGUUGAACAAGUCAGGUAAAAAAAAAAAUAAUAAUAAUAAUAAUAAAGAAAUAGACAAUAUAAAUAAGGUAAAUAUGAAAAUAGAUAAUAUGAAUGAAAAUAAGGAUCUAUAUGAAAUGAAUAUUGUUGAAAAAUUAUAUUCAGAAAAUAAUAUUUAUGAAGAAGAUGAUAUUAAAAUACCGAAUGAUAUAUUGUGGAUAAAUUCUACAACACACUAUGACACACAGUUUGCUUGUUACCUUGCUCCUAUAUUAACAACAUAUAAUUUGAACGAAUAUAAAAAAAAGUAUAAAAAUAUAAUAAUGGUAUUUUAUAAUGUAACAACAUAUAAUGAAAUAGUUACAGAUUUGCAAAAUUAUAUGAAUAUAUAUAUGAAAAAUUAUUAUAAUAAUAAAAAAAAAGAAGAAAAAGAAAGUAAAAUAAAAAAUAUUUGGAAAGAGGACUUUUUUAUUACAUCCUUACCUUUGUCCGCACAUAGUAUUAUUUCAAAAUAUUUAUCAUAUACAAUCUAUCCACAUUAUAUAGAAAAAGAAGAAGAAAUAGAAGCAACUACAAAAAAAAAUAAGUGUAUAUAUGAUAGUACAUCAUUUCAAAACAAUACGAUUGAUGCACAUGAAAAAAAUGAUAUGUCAUAUACAUUAGAUAGUUAUAAAUAUUAUGAUUAUAUAAAUUUAAAUGGAAAUAUAAAUAUCGAUAACUUACCAAAAAAUAAUAUAUCAAAUAGUGUUACUUCAUUUUGUUUUAUCGAUAAAGCACAACAUGAAUUAAAUCGAAUUAAUGAUUAUGCAUUAUCUUUAUGUGAUAAUUAUAUAUUACUAAUAGGUAAUAAAUAUGACAUAAAUCCUGAAAUGGAUAUUUAUUCCUUUUUAAAUAUUGAAAUUAUGGAAAAUAAUCAAAUAUGGUACAUUAUCAAAAAAGAUAUUCAACAUAUUUUUAAUAAAAGAGAUGAAUAUAUUAAAUUAAUUGAAAGUAAACGUAAAAUGAAUAUAUAUAUAGAUCAUUGGGAAGAAGAAAAUUUUGUGCAUUAUAAUAAUAUAUAUUAUAUUAUUGUCUAUAAAAAUUUUAAAAUCUUUAAUUUACAUUCUUUUCAACUACUUGUCUUAUUAAGGUCAUUAAUAUAUUCCAAUUUUACCAACCCACAUAUUUCAAAAGACCAUAUUCAUAUUUUUUAUCAACAAUUUUUUGAUUAUUACUAUCAGAAUUUCAAAUAUUUUUCUAUAUUACAUGAUGAAUAUUAUAAAAAUUUAAAAAACUUUAAACAAAAGCAAGGAGCACAAGAAUUUAUUAAUAAAGUUGAUACUGUCAUAAAAUAUAUAAAGCCCAAUUUUAAAAACGAAAAAAAUUUUAUUUAA